AGCUUAAUUUUAUCGCAAACAAAAGAGGACCGCCGAGAAGAAUUUGGCGGGGUCGGCGGAGGGCCUUUUUAGAUUAACUUUUCUAUUGUAUGAAAUUUUAAGUUGGUCUAAAAUAAUCUUUUAUGCGCUAGAUUUUCGUUUGCGCAUUUACAGUACGAUUUUUGUUACACAUUUAUACAGUGGUACUGGUUUUAUCGGAUAAUUACUGGUUACAGUAGUUAAAUCCGAAUAGGUGAACCCUCCGAUCUUUUUGAAGCGACACUAUUUUUUCGUAUUUUUGAACGCUGAUUACGUAUAUGACAAGAAAAAUUUGCGAUAAGGUCAUUUUCAAGGUCAAAACUAAAAAACUGAAGAAAUAUAACUUUAAUUUUAUAAACCUGUUGAUUAGUGAUUAAUUUUGUACGAUAUAUAAUUUAUGUACGACUGAUUUGUUCUUCGUGUGUUUUUUUUUCAGAUUCUUGCAUGGUAUCGUCUCCUCCUGACGCUCUCUUUUGGCCGGUCCUUAUACGCUGUUCGCGUAUAGUGUUUGUUGGUGUCGGUACGACAGGAAAAAAUAUACGAUCCUAUGAAUUUUCAUGAAAAACGGAGAAUGAGAGACUCUUCUUCAGUAUUACCUGGAGACUUUAUCGACAGUGCUUGAAAAUGGGCGUAGCGGAGUAGUUUCAAAAAUAAAAGUGGGCGUAAAGCGCUGGAAACUGCUUAGCGAAAUGCACGGAACACAACCAAAAUUGAGAACUCCAUUACCCGCUUGAAAAAUGGGCGUACAGCACGGACACGCACCAAGUGGAGACUUUAUCGGCAGUGCUUGAAAAUUGGUGUAGCGGAAUAGUUUUAAAAGUAAAAAUGGGCGUAAGGGCGCGCAAAACAGUCUCCCGAAACAAUAUCAAGUAAAAUGCCAGCGUGUCCGCUCGCAGGUUUCUCUCUGCCGAAAUUCACGUACAGACGUAGGUAUUUCGAGAAUCGCUUUUGACGGCAAGAAAACGAAAAUUGCAUAAAUAUUUUAUUACAUUGGAUAGAGUUUAAUUAGUGACUGUCAGCAGAAUUGUAUAAUCAUAAUUAAAUGCCAUAAUAUGCAGCCGCGCGACUCGAAGGAGAAGAACGGUGAACAAAGUCAAAGAGAAACGCAGCUGUUUAAAUACAAUCCAUUCCGUUCAGCUAUUUCUGAAGUCAAGGAUGCGGAAACGGCGGUAUUGCUGUUACAAUCUGAAGAGAAGUCUACUUUAUUAGCAGCUGUAGAGGCUCUGUCGAAGUACGCUGGUAAAUCGAAAGACAAUGCGAAGAUACUUCUUCAUCUCGGUGUUGUAAAUAAUGUUCUUCCUAUUAUCGAGCAGGACGAUAUAUUUAUUCGAAGAUUUGCUGGAAAAUUAUUGGCAGAAAUGAUAACAGUGCCAGACACAACGAGUUAUCUGAUCGAAUCCGAUCGUAUAGAAUAUUUUGCAAAGCUGGUAAUGAGCGAGAAAGAUAUCUUCAUGCAAGAAUAUCUUUCUGCGAUACUCGCGAAGUUAUCCGAAGAUCCGUACGGGAAUGCUCUUCUGGCAAACUAUUGUUCGAACGUGAACUUUCUUCUAGAAGGAUCACAAUCGUUGGACCCGGACGUAAAGAGGUAUAAUCUCGAGAUUCUGUAUAAUUUAAUGCAGGAUCCCAGAGCUGCACUUGAAAUUUCGAGAAGCGAGAAUGACGAGUGGAAUAAUUUACACAUUAAAGCUCUAGAAAUAUUAUCUCUUGCUGCUGAGAAUUCAGCUGUCGUGGAUGAAUUUAUUGACAGCGGAAGCAUUCCGCAAAUAUUACAUUACAUAGAGCACGCAGAAAAUUCGACGGUUUCAGCAAAAGCGCUUGAAAUCGUUGUACAUAUUGCAAACACCUCCAAAGGAAGAAAAGAAUUACAUUUCUACAAGAUUGUCAAGUAUUUGAUAGACGCUUUACAAGAAUCAGUGCACUCUGACAUUGUUAAAGUUACUUGUUACGGAAUUGGGGAAAUGGCACUUUUUAUUCCUGCUGCAAGAGAACUCGCGAGCGCAGAGUGUGUUAAAACUAUUUUAGGCUUUUUGAAACAAGAGAACUUGCAGUGGUCCGCAAGACAUGCCGCGACUUUCGCGAUCAAACGAUUACUGAUGAGCGAUAUUAGAAAUUGCAGUGCCUUUUCAAGCAUUCAUGGGCCAGUAAUUCUAUUUCGCAAAAUCGUGUUCUUUAAAUAUUUAUUUAGAAUAAUGACUUUGUUCUUUAAGGACUAUCUGUGGCAAUUGUUAAAAUCCUCGGUAGGACAAGUUCCUGUAGAAAUUUGUAUCGUUGCUCUUGAAGCUCUGCUUGCCAUAGCACGUCAUUUAAGUCUCAGAGAUGUCGUGAUUAAUUGUGACACUAUUGAUACAAUUUGCAUUCUUUUAGAGUCAACUUAUCCGUUUAUCGACGAAUUAAAAAUUGCUUGCUGCAAUCUACUUUCGGCACUAUGCUUAGAACAGAGCGGAAGAUAUUAUUUUCUCCAAGCAAAUGGACCCCAAAGAAUGUUCGCUCUCAUUACUGACGCGAAUUCAGCAUCAGUAAGAAACGCUGCGCUACAGACCGUACAAGCAAUUUCUGCAGAUUUAACUGUAGCGAAGGCCUUCGUAGAACAUAAGUAUCUCUCACACAUGUUGAAUAAUCGUUCAUUUUCACGAGAGAUUCCUUUAUGGGACACUUGCAUUGAGACUCUUCUUAAAUCGCAUUUACCGGUCAAAUUCGCCCUUACAGGACGUUUGUCUCUACACGAUCUUACUCAGGAUGGAUUUUACGUCUCAAGCACCAACGUAUGCCCAUUUCCCGUAUUGGAUGAUGUCUUUCGCUUUAAGUUUUGUCCCUUAAAGCCGAUUUACGUGAUAAACUGUGUGCGAUUACCAAAGUCAAGCGCUUUACCAAACGAAGCAAUUUUCGAAGGAGAUGUAAAUGCUUGGUUCGAAUCAAAAUUCGGUCAGUUGCAGUGCGAUCCACACUUUGUCAAAUACGUGGAACACUUCAGACAUAUACUUUCAGCAACGGAAUCAAAAGACGUGCCAAAAGAGAGAGAUACAGAUGUUUGCUCGACGAGUAUCCAAUAUAUUUCCUUGCGCGCAAAGAUGUUAGCUCGAUUCGUGGCGCGUCAAAUGUCCGGCGUCGAUUCGACGAAGACUGAAUGCAUCGACCGGCAGCUUGAAGCUCAUUUGAAGCGGAUCAAAGAAUGCUUGGAAACGAGCGUGAUUCCGCUCGGACAAUUGCGCGUAGGCUCUUAUCUCGAGCGAGCCUUGCUCUUUAAAGCGAUAGCCGACAGGAUAUGCCUUCCAGCAGCUCUCGUACGCGGGGAGCACGGUAUCUCGUGGAUUGAGAUAGCGAUACCUCAAGUAAUAGAAUUUGCGUUCAAAUUACAUCCUUUUAAUAAUGUACUUUUAAUAAAGUACUCGCUGAGAAAUGAUUCGUCGAAUCGACAUCGUUUCGACAUCGAUAUGAGUCAUUUAUCGCUGGGUAUCCAAUGCGUCUUGCAGAUCGAAGACUCAAAUGAAAAAAUAUCUCUAAGAGAUCGUCGAUCGACAACCUAUCCAAUCAAACUUAUGAAACCGAAUUUCAUCGUUGAUUUGAUGAAUAUACCGGGAGCCUUGAUCCCGAUUGGAAGUCCUGACUCAAAGUUAUAUUGCGUUAAAAAUUAACUUAUAAUGAAACGUGUUGCUAUUGAAAAUUGGUUUACUAUUAUAGUAAUACCUUAAUAAAAUGACAUUUUAAUUUCAAUAAAUCUACAAAUAUAUAUUUUAUAACAAAAUAUGCUAUUGCGCUAUUUAAAAGUAGUUUGUUUUAUCACAAUAUUUUAAUUUUAAUAAAUAUUAUAAUCGUAUCAGUGAAUAUUUUAAUAAGAAA